AGGACUAAUUUGACACCUACCUCCAGAACCACACGCAUAGCCACGGAAUAUUGUCGUGAUAGACUUUUAAGGACGAUGUAAGAAGCCAAAGACAGGCAAUCAAUCAACCUUCGCGCCUUCUAGCGAAAAACCGGCUAACCGCAGCAGUAUGGAAGAUGAGAGCACGACCCCCAGACGAGGCUCCGCGCCCCGUGGGGUGAGCCUGAUGUGCAGUACGCUCUGCACCAAGCUGAUCCGCACCAAGAGUCUGGGACUAGACGCGCUCUCCACGCCGCUCAAACGGUGCCUGUCUACUCUAGAGCUCACCCUGCUUUCCAUAGGCGCAAUGAUCGGAGCGGGUCUGUACGUCCUGACGGGGACCGUGGCGCACGAGAUGUGCGGGCCCGCCGUUACCGUGUCCUUCCUCAUCGCCGGGCUAGCCUCGCUCCUGUCCGCGCUGUCCUACGCAGAGUUCGGGGCCAGGAUUCCUCGGGCAGGUUCUGCUUACGUGUACACCUACGUCACGGUGGGUGAGCUGUUCGCGUUUGUGGUUGGCUGGGACCUUGUGCUGGAGUACAUGAUUGGUGCAGCCUCCGUGGCGCGGGCCUGGAGCGGAUACAUCGACUACCUGGCGGAGAACAGGAUUUCAAACUGGACUGACCAGCACUUGUUGAUAACCGACCUGCGGCCGUUUGCGGACAAGCCGGACCUGAUCGCCUUCGGGGUGGUGCUGGUCGUUAUGUUACUGGUCAUCCUUGGCGCAAAGGAGUCGUCGACGAUGACCUCGGUGCUGACGGUGGUGAACCUGAUGGUGGUGGUGUUCAUCAUCGUGUCGGGGCUCAUGAUGGCGGACCUGCACAACUGGACCGACUACGGCGGCUUCAUGCCGUUCGGCUGGAGGGGGCUCAUGAACGGCGCGGCCUCGGCGUUUUUCGGGUUUGUGGGGUUCGACGUAGUGGGGAACUCGGCAGAAGAAGCACGUGACCCGGCGCGGGGCAUCCCGGUCGCCAUCUGUGUCUCGGUGAUUCUCACGAUAUUUUCGUACCUGGGCGUGUCCGCGGUGCUGACCCUCAUGGUGCCGUGGACAGCCAUCAACCCCAGGUCCGCGCUGGCCUCAGCCUUCAGGUUACGAGGCUGGAACUGGGCGGGCAGUAUCGUGGCGGUUGGUGCCAUGUGUGCGAUGUCGGCGUCCUUGCUGGCAUCACUGUUCGCACUGCCCCGGUCCGUGUACGCACUGGCGUCUGACGGGCUCUUCUACCAUCCUUUCGCAAAGGUCAGCGAAAAGACCCGUGUGCCGUGGCUCGCUACUCUCGUCUUCGGAUUUCUAACCGCCCUCAUCGCCCUGCUAUUCAACAUCGAGUCGCUAGUGGAGUUUCUGUCCAUAGGAACGCUCCUAGCGUACACCAUCGUUGCUGCAAGUGUCAUCGUCACAAGGUAUCAGUCCCACUUUCCACACGAGCUUGCCGGCCUGGACAUGAUCCCGCCGUGGUUCGAGCAGGGGGAAGAGGAGCUGAGUAAGGAGGCGCUCCGGAGGAGGAGGGAGCAGCCCGGAGUGCUGAAGCAGGCGUACUCCUUUGUCCCUUUACUCCAAGGAGCCGAGCCUGGGCAGGCCGUCAGUGCAGCUGUACUCAUCAUGGCCAUAUUUGAGGUCGGGCUGGCGAUGUUGGUCAUGUAUGGAUUUAAUGCGACCACCUACCGACAGAUCUGGGCCGGUGUCGGAGUGGUGGCGUUUACGGUGGGGCUGGUGCUGACACUGGUGAUCAUCAGUCUCCACAAACAGAACAGGAACAUCAUGACCUUCAAGGUUCCGUUCGUGCCAGUUCUCCCCGCCAUAUCCAUGUUUCUCAACAUCUGCCUGAUGGUGUCACUGCGAAGUAUCACGUGGAUUCGUUUCGCUGUCUGGAUGGUGGUUGGGUUGCUUGUGUAUUUUUCCUACGGUGUCAGGAACAGUCAUGCAUCUUUACCCGGCUCCGAGCAGCUGUCUGAUUACGUCAUCAUGCCGAAACGGAAGGAAAGCGUCAGGAAAGCUGAACUGGUCAGAGUCAUGCGCUUUGCUUAACUACUUUUAAGUCACUGUCUCAUGGGGUAGGGUAAGGUAAACAAUUAAGGUCAAAAGAGCAUCAAACUUCGAGAUAUACAGUAAAUGUGAACGAAUCAUUGGGUAGAAAUAUUUCUUUCUGUGCCGACAUGCCGAUACCGUUAGUGAAUGUUUUAUACUACGAGUGUAUAGAUCAUAUCCUGAAUACCGAAUAGUUUUUAUUUACAAGAACGCUUAUUCUUACCUUGAAUUGUUGUAUUCACACAAUAUAAGAGGUGUACAUCAUAUGAAAAAUGUACUGGAACAAUCCAUUUUAUCGUGAAAAUUCCUUUUAUGUACAACACAGUCUCUCGCGUUUUAAAUAUUUGUCGUCUCUCGCCAUAAGGGAACCAGCCACGCAGCAUAAUGUUUUUGUAUGAUUUUUAUAGAACUAAGCUAGGCACCAUUGAUAUCUACAAAUAUGUAAAUGAUAAUAUUU